AUGGGGCGCCAGGAAUGGUUCUGGGGGAAGCCGCGGCAAGGCAGUCUCCUGGCCUGGACCAGGUCCCCGACCAGACUUCCAGGGGGGUCGGCAGGCGCCGCGGGCCCUGGGGUGGUGGGGACACGCACCACGCCCACACCUGCCAACCGCGCACGGACGCUCGUGGACCCGCGUGCCCGGGGCCGCCCUGCACCACGGGGUCACGUCCACCUGGCCCGGCGCCCACGGCCCCCCGCCGCUUCUCGGAGCAAGCAGCACCCCUCGGCCCGGCCCUGCCCGGCAAUCCCAGCUUCCAGGGGUGGGCGAGGCACCGCGCGGCCCGGACCCGAGCUCGGCCGCCACGUGGCCGCGGCCCCGCCCCCGGCGCGCGCAGAGCGGCGCUCGGCCUCGGCCUCAGCCCGGCCGGCGCGCCGGAGUCCCGGCGCUGGGGUCCCGGCGGGGGCGGGCGCGGGCGCGGCCCACGGUACUCACACGCCAGCCAAGGACGCGGCGAGCACGGAGCAGGCAGGCGGCGCGGGGCGCAGGAGGAAAGGGCGGGCCCGGGAGCCGCGCACGGAAGUGAAGCCCCGGGCGCUCCCACGCGCCGCGCGGGGGGCGGCCCCGGCUCGGCGGCGCAGCUCCCGCGCGCUCGCGGGGGGAGGUUCCGCGCCCGCGCGGAGGACAGGGGAGCGAAAGUCCCGCGGAGCCCGCCCCUCCCCGCACGAGCCGGAGCGAGCGGCAGGGAGCCGGGCGGCCGCCCGUGCCGCGCUCGCCCCCUCCAAGGCCAGCCCCGUGGACUCGCCCGAGCGGGGCGGGGCGGGGCGGCCGGGCCGGCUCGCGGCGGGUGACGCGCAGGGCGGGGCCUGCGGGCCGGGAGGGGCGGGGCCUGGACGAGCGGGGCGGGGCCCGGCGGAGCUAGCGCGCCUGCGCCGGCGAGACAAAGGGGAGGGCCGCGGCCGGCCCCGCCCCCGAGCGCCCCGCCCCGCGCGGCCGGUCCGCGGGGCUUAUGGCUCCCGCGUCCCCGCGGCCGCCUCCGCCGUCGCCGCCGCCAUGUACCCCGCGGGCCCGCCGGCCGGGCCGGCCCCGCGCCCGGCCGACGCGCCGCGGCUCCCGGCGCCGCCGCCGCCGCCCGCGCCCGCGCCGCGCCCGCGCGUGGCCGUGAAGAUGGCCUUCCGCAAGGCCUACUCCAUCAAGGACAAGCUGCAGGCCAUCGAGCGCGUCAAGGGCGGCGAGCGGCAGGCCAGCGUGUGCCGCGACUUCGGCGUGCCCGGCGGCACGCUGCGCGGCUGGCUUAAGGACGAGCCCAAGCUGCGCUGGUUCCUGGAGCAGUUGGGCGGCGAGGUGGGCACGCAGCGCAAGAAGAUGCGGCUGGCCAACGAGGAGGAAAUCGACCGCGCCGUGUACGCGUGGUUCCUGGCGCUGCGUCGGCACGGCGUGCCGCUGUCGGGCCCGCUCAUUCAGGCGCAGGCCGAGGCCUUCGCGCGCCAGAUCCACGGGCCCGAGUGCACCUUCAAGGCCAGCCACGGCUGGUUCUGGCGCUGGCAGAAGCGCCACGGCAUCUCCAGCCAGCGCAUCUACGGCGAGGCUGAGGACGCGGCCGCGCGCGCCGCGCCCGCGCCCGGUCCCCGCGUCAAGCCGGAGCCCGGGCCCGCGCCCGGCGCCGGCCCCGCGCCCACCCGCGCGCCCCCUUCGCCGGGCCCCGCCGACGGCGGCUACGGGGACGAGCAGAUUUACAACGCCAACGUCACUGGCCUCUACUGGAAGCUGUUGCCCGAGCGCGCGGCGCCCCGGAGCCCCGGGGGCCACAGCCGCCACGCGCGCGGCGACCGGGUCACCGUGCUGCUGGCCGCCAACCUGACCGGCAGCCACAAGCUGAAGCCGCUGGUCAUCGGGCAGCUGCCGGACCCCCCGAGCCUCCGCCACCACGACCAGAACAAGUUCCCCGCCUCCUACCGCUACAGCCCUGACGCCUGGCUCAGCCGCCCGCUGCUGCGCGGGUGGUUCUUCGAGGAGUUCGUGCCGGGCGUCAGGCGCUACCUUCGCCGCAGCUGCCUGCAGCAGAAGGCCGUGCUGCUCGUGGCCCACCCGCCCUGCCCGGGCGCGCCUCCGCGGGCGCCGGGCCCGGAGGAGGGCGAGGGGCCUUGCAGGCCGCGCCGCCCCGACGCCCCUGGCUCCCCGGAGGAGCUGCAGACGCCCGACGGGGCCGUGCGCGUGCUGUUCCUUAGCGCAGGCAGCGGCCGCGCGCCCAUCCCCGCCGCGCUGGAGCAGGGCGUGGUGGCCACCUUCAAGCAGCUGUACAAGCGGGAGCUUCUGCGCCUGGCGGUGUCGUGUGCCGCGGGCUCACCGCUGGACUUCAUGCGCAGCUUCAUGCUCAAGGACAUGCUCUACCUGGCCGGCCUCUCCUGGGACCUGGUGCAGGCGGGCAGCAUCGAGCGCUGCUGGCUCCUGGGCCUGCGCGCGGCCUUUGAGCCGCAGCCUGCCGGGGAGCGCGGGCGGCAGCUGCCUGGCCAAGUGGAGGCGGCCACCGAGCACAGCACUGUGCUCAGCGACCUCACGCACCUGGCCGCCCUGGCCUACCAGCGCCUGGCUCCCGAAGAGGUGGCCGAGUGGCUGCACCUGGACGACGACCGGGGUCUGCCUGAUGGCGGUAGGGGCGAGGGGUGCCCCGCGGACCCCGGAGAGGAGGAAGACACUCCUGACCGCGGAGUGGCCCCGGUGCCCACAGCCAGGGAGGCUGUGCGGGGUCUGGAGACGGCGCUGCGGUGGCUGGAGAGCCGGGACCCGCUGGAGGUGGGGCCCCUUAAGUUGGUGCAGCUGCGCUCGCUGGUCAGCAUGGCCCGCAGGCUGGGGGGCCUCGCGCCCUCCCCAGCAGGUCCUGCCCAGGGUGAGUGAGCCGCUACUGCAUUCGGACCCGUGGUCUCCCCAUCCUCCUGCCUCUGGGAUCUGCACCCGUCUGGCCUGCAGGCUUCUGUGAAGGGUCGUCCAGCCCUUCGGGGGCAGCUUUUGGGGUCCCCCGGUCCCCAGCCCUCUGCAGUGCCUCCACUGUGGCCACCCGUGACGUGCGUGACCUGGACAUGGCUGUGGCCAGAGCCCUGCAUGGCCGUCCCAUGGGCAAGGGCCAGCCUGCUUUGGCCUCUGUUGUGUUGGGUCCAUCUCAGACCUGUGACGGCUGGCCUCAGGGCUCCUGAGCCACUGGGUGCAGCUGGGCUGUAGGUGGCGGUGGGAGUUUCCUGGGUGCAGGGUCCCGUUGGAGCUGCCCCCUGCCUCAGGCUGGGCCCUGGUGCUUCCCCCAGUCACUUGCUCCGUCUCCGUUGGCCACAGCCGAGCAGCUGCCUGCCCGGAUGUGGGCCCAGCACUGACAGCCGUGCCAGGGUGACCCUCAGUGCCUUCUUGCCCCACCCCCUUCUGGCAGUGCCAUGGGAUGCCAGGAAGCUGCUCCUAGCCCUGUGGAACGGGGCUGCUGCAUGAUAGUGUGAGAGGAAAGGCUUGGAUCCCUGGGCGGGGCAGCGAGAGCUGUGUUGGUUCUGAACCUGGAGGAGCCAGGACAGGCAAGGCUGCUUGAGGACGCUUGUUCCCCCCCAGCUGUUCAGCAGAGGCCUUCCAGUGUGGAAAGGGGCCUGCACUGGCCGCCCAGAAGCCUCUGCCAUUGUUUUCCCCUUGUCCUGGCCAGGCCCUCCAGGGACAGCCGCUGCAGCCUUCUUAGGAUAGCUGGUUUAUGGUCCCCAUAGGGCACUGGCAUGCAGACCCACCACCCGGGCCCUGUUUCAUGUGAAGUCACAAGGAAGUCUGGUCAGGGACUUCCUCAGGGAACCCUGGAGUUGCCACUGAUUGGCUUAGUGCCCCUCACCCCCCCACAAGGUACCUUCCCUGUGUCACCUGCCCAGCCAGUCUGGGAGUUUGCAUGAGGGCGAGGCUCUGCUGCACACGGGGUCUUGCCCGGACCACAUGCCCACGCCAGGGUUGGAUGCCCAGGUCAGGGCCUUCUGGCACUCCAGGCCACAGAAGGUCACUUCAAGAGGUGCUCACCUGGGGAGGUGGUGGCUCAGGGCACUGCUUACCUCCAGAUCUGUCAGAACCUGUGUUCCCAGGCAGCUCCAGCCCUGGUUCAGGUAGGGGUACCCUGGGCAAGGCUGGCUGGAGUGUGAGUCCUGGGGGGCUGGGGGGCACCAGUGCUCUGUAAUAAAGGUCAA